AGAAAACUACACAGAAGCAGCAGAUGAUGUUGAUGAGGAGUUAAUGGUUUUAUUAUGGAAUCAGCCUGCAGUGGAACAUCUGAUGUACAGACUCUUGAUGAUCACUCACAGAUGGACGCCUCUUUAACUUCAGACGAAGAGACGAAUCCGGUGGAGCAACAGAAUGAAGGAUUUCUGAUGAAGCCUAUAAAGAUAGAAGAUGAGGACGGUUACAUCUGUGUGAGAACGUUCAGCACUGAGGAACAGGUCACUCAUGUGGAGCAACAGAAUGAAGGAUUCAUAAUGAAGCCUGUAAAAGUGGAAGAGGCUGAAGAUGAAGAUUAUCUCUACUGUGAGGAGUGUCGGUCGUUCUUCAUCAACAAGUGUGAGCUUCAUGGUGCAGCUCUCUUCAUCCCUGAUAGCCCUGUACCCAUCGGGGUCUCUGACAGAGCCAGACAGACUCUUCCACCCGCUCUAGAGCUUCAGGAGUCUGAUAUUCCUAAUGCAGCUCUGGGGGUGUUUAAUAAGGGGGAGACGCUUCCAGUGGGGGCACAUUUCGGACCCUACCAGGGAGAACUGGUGUUCCGAGAGGAAGCCGUGAACAGUCGAUACUCCUGGGUGAUAUACAGAAGUGAGCAGUGUGAGGAGUUUAUAGAUGCCAGGAGAGAGACUCACGCUAACUGGAUGAGGUAUGUAAACUGUGCCGGUAACGAUGAAGAAAAUAAUCUGGUAGCGUUUCAGUAUCAGGGAGGAAUUUUCUACCGCUGCUGUCGACCCAUAAAAGCAGGACAGGAGCUCUUGGUGUGGUACGAUGAGACGUACGCUAAAGAUCUCGGGAUCGCCUUUGAGCGCAUGUGGAGGAUGAAAUGCUCUGCGGAAGAAUCCGAGAGCUUCUCCUGCUCGCUGUGCGUGUUCUCCUUCACGUCUCAGACGUUCCUCCACAAGCACAUCAGGAGCCGCCACCACGAGGAGUACCUGCGGAUGCUGAAAUCAGGUGAGAUCAGAUACGAGGACCUGAUGCCCUCGCCGAGCUCCUGCGGUCAGUACACGUCCUCCGGGUGCGUCGCCGAGAGCUCCUCCGUCAAACAGAUGUGGAUCGAAAUCCACCACUGUCUGGAGUGCGACAUGAGCUUCACGGACCCAGAUCUUCUCAAGACGCACCAGCGCGUUCACGCCGAACCGGAGGAGUUUCACUGCUUAGAAUGUGGGAGCAGUUUCACCGACCUGAAUCUGCUGGAGUCCCAUCAGCUGGUGCACAGCGAGCAGGACCAGGAGGAGUAUCAGUGCUCAGAGUGUGGGCGGAGCUUCACUCAGAAGUGUGCUAUCGACCGGCACCAGUGCAACCAGUCCGAAGAGAAGCCGUACUACUGCUCCCAGUGCGGGAAGAGUUUCAACUACAAGAGUCACCUCAAGCAGCACCAGCACAUUCACACGGGAGAGAAACCGUACCCCUGCUCCUACUGCGACAUGAGCUUCUAUCACAAGGGCCAUCUGAAACAGCACCAGCGCAUUCACACCGGAGAGAAACCGUACCAGUGCUCGCAGUGCGAGAAGCGAUUCACUCAAAAGAGCGCGCUCACCAUACACCAGCGCAUUCACACGGGGGAGAAGCCGUACCACUGCGCUCAGUGCGGCAAGAGCUUCAAUCGCAAGAGUCACCUCAGUCUGCACCAGCGCAUUCACACCGGAGAGAAACCGUACCAGUGCUCGCAGUGCAAGAAGUGCUUCACUCACAAGAGCACGCUCAAACAGCACCAGCGCGUUCACACGAACCUGAAACCCUUCCACUGCUUUCAGUGCGACAAGUGUUUCAGUCGCAAGAGUCACCUCAUCCGACACCAGCACGUUCACGCCGGAGACAAAACCGGAGCGGUGCUCACCGCCUGGGAGGAGUUUUACUCCACAGAGGAGCAGUAAAACACACCGGCGCAUUCACGCCGAGAGGAAGCCGUAUAACUGUUACUGUACUGAACCAGUUCGUACACACAUUACUGCUCAGUUUCAUUCUCAUGAGUGUAUUAAUACAGAGAGAGACACAGAGAGAGACACAGAGAGACACAGAGAGAGACACAGAGCCGGAUCAGCACUCACGUCAUUAAAGGUUCAUAUUAAUAAUGUGUAAGAGUCACAUUAAGUGCUUUAACUGAAACGUGUGAGACUGGACUGUUAGAUUGUGCUUCAUAAUUAUAUUCAGGACGUGGAACACUGGAAGCUCAUGUAAAUAUUUUAUCUGCAUGAUUCAUAAUAAAUUUUAUAGGUUUAAUUCACAUCUCUACACCACACGGAACAGAUUUUAAACUUCCCCUCCAAUCAGCUUCCAUUUCUUUUGCUUUAAGGAGCAACUACACACACACACACACACACACACACACACACACACACACACACACACAGUUGUUCAUGUUUGUGUUUAGUUUGAAUCAGAUCACGUCUGUAUUUACUCUCUGUAAGUAGUUACGGUUUCUCUUCAAUAAAUGUCAUUUUGUUGAA